UAUAAAGUCAGACCCACUUCUUCCACAAUGACCACAGCAAAUGACCAAGCAUGAACUGAAGAAUCGCCUGUCGAGUGUGACAGAAGAUGAAGACCAAGACGCUGCUCUUACCAUCGUGACUGUGCUGGACAAAGUAGCUGCCAUCGUGGACAGCGUGCAGGCCAGCCAGAAGAGGAUAGAGGAGAGACACAGGGAGAUGGAAAAUGCCAUAAAGACCGUCCAGAUUGACCUGCUGAAGUUUUCGCAGUCACACAGCAACACGGGUUAUGUCAUUAACAAGUUGUUUGAGAAAACGCGAAAGAUCAGUGCUCACAUUAAAGAAGUGAGGGCCCGAGUGGAGAAGCAACAAACUCACGUCAAAAAAGUUGAAACCAAGCAAGAGGAAAUAAUGAAGAAGAACAAAUUCCGUGUGGUAAUAUUCCAGGAGGAUAUUCGGUGUCCAACGUCCCUGUCUAUCAUGAAAGACAGAAGCUUGACUGCUGAGGGUCCAGAGGAAGAGGACGAUAUCUUCGAUCCCCCAGUUGAUCUGUCUUCGGAUGAAGAAUAUUAUGUUGAAGAUAGCAGAUCUGCCAGGCUUAAAAAGUCAGGCAGGGAGCGCAUUGAUAAUAUCAAAAAGGCCUUUUCCAAAGAAAACAUGCAGAAGACACGGCAGAAUUUUGACAAGAAAGUGAACAGAAUUAGGACUAGAAUAGUGACACCAGAGAGGAGAGAGCGGCUAAGGCAGUCAGGGGAGAGGUUAAGGCAGUCAGGGGAGAGGUUAAGGCAGUCGGGGGAGAGGCUGAAGCAGUCAGGGGAAAGGUUUAAGAAAUCUAUUUCUAAUGCAGCUCCUUCAAAGGAAGCUUUUAAGAUACAUAGCCUUCGGAAAACUAAAGACCGUGCUGUGGCCGAAGGUCGCGAAGAGGUCAGGGAGAUAGAGGUGGACAUCAUUGCCAGGAGCAAGUCUCUGGGCCCCAUCAGUGAGCUGUACACCGAGGUGCUCAGUGAAACAGACGUGCUCAGUGAAACAGACCCUGAGGAGGCCAGAGCCUCACAUCCUCCCCGAGAAGGCGGGGAAAUCUCAACCCCCGAGCCUUUAAAAGUUACUUUUAAACCCCAGGUGAAAGUAGAGGAUGAUGAAUCUCUUUUGCUAGAUUUAAAGCAGUAA